CCGUGAACCGUGGAGUGCGGGUCUGACACGGAUUACCUGGAUACCGGAUUGAAGUCUGGGUGGGCAUCAACCAGCGACGAACAGAAAGCCAACGCUUUUGAGCAAAGUUUCUCCACAUUUAUUUUUAAUGAAAUCAUCACCAAGAACUUCAACCAUGGCAUGGAUUUUUCACACUCUGCAUUUAUUACUGAUUCUGGAGUCGAGCUGGAGCAAACUCCUCUCUGAGGAUCUCGGUGAAGCCGUGCGUCAAGGUGCCGAUGUCCCGCCGGCUGUGGAGGAGCGCGUCUUUGCGCACGAAAGCGCAAACCGGGACAUGGUCUCCAUCAACAUGUUCAAAGUGUACGAGAAGUACAGUAAAGAGCCGCAGAGCCAGAGGGACGGAAACACCGUGAGAAGUUUUAAAGCUGUCCCGAGAGUCCUGCACGGCAAAGACGUCUUCCAGUUCAACCUGUCCUCCAUCCAAGAAUCAGAGCUCAUCCUCUUCGCCUCUUUUCAUUUCCUCUACAAGCGGCCCCGCCACAACCAGCGACCGUGGCGUUUCCGAAGGCCUCGCCACCCAUCCAGUGGCUUCCAGCAUCCCUAUCCUCCCUCCCCGCAGCUCCUCUUCCAUGGAUCGCCCCCAAACUCAGCUUUUGCAACACCACUGGGAAACAUAACUCUGGCUUCUUUCAAGAAAGGCUCUUGGCAAACAAGGGAUGUUACGGCGGUGGUGAAGCACGCCAGGGAUGUCAAAGAGCUUGUGGUCACAGUGGAGUUUGAUAUGGGGUUCGGGGCGGCUCGGGUGCAGCAGAGGAGUCCUCAUGGCCAAGAACGCCUCUCUCCAGCCAACCUGCCGUAUAUCUUGAUAUACGCAGAUGAUCGAGCUAUAGAUGAGCCGAACAGCGUGGCCAUGUCACUCCAGCGAUACGGGUCCUUCCCUAUAGGGGAGGAUGCAUCCCCCUCAGCUGCAGCCUCAGCCUCGAGGAUUCGGAGGGAGCUUCCUCUCCAGAUCCAAACCAAUGACAUUCCCGAGGUCCAUUACAACGCCUUGAAGAACCACGAACUGUGGCAGAACACGUAUUUCCCUGCAAAAGCCAAAGCAGCAGUGAAACCAGGAAGGAAGCAGGGUCAGGAGAGCAACGAGGGCCUGAGUAAGCCCCAGGUGCUGAGCUUUGAUGAGAGGACAAUGAAAAAGGCCAGGAGGAGACAGUGGACCGAGCCCAGGGUUUGCUCCAGGCGCUACCUCCGGGUGGACUUUGCUGACAUCGGUUGGAGCGAGUGGGUUUUGGCACCAAAGUCGUUUGAUGCCUACUACUGCGCCGGGACCUGUGGAUUCCCCAUCCCUAAAGUGGUGCGUCCUUCCAAUCACGCCACAAUCCAGAGCAUCGUCAGAGCUGUGGGAAUCGUCCCUGGUGUCCCUGAACCGUGCUGCGUUCCAGAGAAGAUGAGUCCCCUCAGCGUUCUUUUCCUCGACCCACACAGGAAUAUAGUGCUAAAGGUUUACCCCGGCAUGUCCGUGGAUACCUGCGCCUGUCGAUAGGGCCGGAGCCACCGGAUCAAUCAAGGUGCGAUCACUCAAGAUGAAAGAUUGCGAGGAGGACGUAAGUGUAGACUCAGCAUAUAUCAGAAGAGCAUUUCCACAUCGAAGAGGACAGUAGUGAUGAGGACAGCCAAGGAUGAACUGAUAGGGCUCUAGUUUUUGAGUCUCAAUUGAGAACUCUCUUCUGAAUCUCGGACUGGUGACGUUAGGACGUUGACUCAACUUUGUCCUGCUUAUCUAACAAUUUUCAUAUAUGUGUUUUUCUCCACACUGCAUUUAUUUUUCAUCCAAAAGCAGUUUUGAGAAGUGCACUUAAUACAAACCUGUGUAUGUAAUGAUCCUAAAUUGUAUGUAUUGACUAACUGGAUGUUGAAGUUAAGUACAAAGCUCAUGCAGGAGGACCUUCAUCUCUGUUGACCCUUAUAAGCUUUUUCAGUCCUUUUUCAGUCCUUUUUCAGCACAUUUUCACUUUUAUAAAGUGAUUUUGCCUGUUUAGUAUUAAGCAAGAUAAGACAUGACUUCCUCUGGACUCAGACCUGGUUGUGGAAUUGGUUCCAACUUCACUAAGCUCAACGUCUGGGUUUCUGAAACCUUCAGAGAUCAGUAUCCUCUACUGCCUGUCUGUAGGAACUAAAUUUUGGACGAACUGAUGAACUGCACACUGACUCACAGACUCAGGAGGGUCUGAGGGACACAGAGGCUGCAUGGCAGCACAUUUGAAUCCUACCAACUUAAUUCACCUAUAUCAUGUAAAUACUGUAGUUACUAAUGCAAACUAAAUACUAAAGUACUUAUUCUUAAGUGAUGUGUCACACGGGGCGGCACAUGUAGUCAUUGAACACCUCCCAUAUAUUAGCAAGAGAUGUUAUUCAUGCAUGAGAGGUUAUAUCUUGUUUGAACUAUACUUCUUUGAACUAUAUUUCAAUAGACAUUUGUUUAUAUUUUGUAUAUAAUGACACACAUUAAGAGUGAAUGUACUACAAGCAUUGUGUGUCAUGUUUCUGCUACAGGAAAAAUAGUGCAUUGCUGCCACCUGCUGUGCAUUUCAGGAACGUUUAACGGACUAAAACAUUUUGAAGGAGAAGGUUCUAGUGCUUUCUGUGGCUAUUCAGUAUUUCCCUUUAAUACAUAAAUACUGUUUAUCAAAAAUGACAUGUACAGUUUGUAAUAAUAGUAUAUUUGCGUAGUAAGUAAGAAGGAUAAAUGUAUCCAACUGUAUAAGUGUAGGCUAUGGCUAAAAGUGUAUUUGAAUAGUUAUGUGAUGUGUGCUUUUACAAAUCAUAGACAUACUGUACGCCUGGUAAGGAAAUAAACUGAAUUGUACAUAUAGUCAAAGAUACUUGCUGACUUGCUUAGGUUUUAUAAAAGGUAUAUACAGCAUAUACAGUACCUGGACAUAUACCUUACCAUAACUUACUGUAUGUCAAUACGUACAUAUACAUUACAUAGAUUAGAGCCAAAGGGGCAUAAAUGACAUUUGACCAACUUUACUACUUUGUCUGGACUUUCAAUCUUUAAUAUUAAAACGUCAUAAAUGUGUGGAUGACAAUAUACUUAAUAUACAAUAUUUUGACUUUUAAUGAACAAAAAACAUGGUUUAGAAUACACAUGUGCUCUUUUGCCAGUAGAAAGAGCAUCAAGAGCUUUCAUUUGAUAACUCGCCCAAAAUGUCAGUUGUCCCUCUGGUUCUCACCCCUUGAAUUUAAUUUAAAGUUAAGCUGUUAUCUUGGUUUACUUAUGUAUAAUGUCAAUCUUGAAUAUAACAGGUCAAAUGUGUUGAGUAUCAUGAUAAUGUUUCUUUCCUCUCUGAUCAAAGCUACAAUUAAGAAGUCUGGAAAACUUGUAGUGAGAUUUGAUUAAAUUUCAUAAAAGUUCAUUUCUGUGUAGUCCUUCACA